AUGGCCGAGGACUACGGUCUUCUUCUGCACGGCGAGCCCUCGCAGUGGACGCCGGGCCACGUCAUGCACUGCAUCAACACGAUGCGGCAGCUCACUCAGUGCAUGGCGGACGCCACCCCGAUCUCCCUCGUCCAAGGCGCGGAGAAACACCUCGGCGACGGCCAGCAGAUGUGGUGCCGCGACUUUGACGGCCUCCGCCGCUGGGCCAAUGCCCCGGAGCACGGAAUCCGCUACGCCAUCGUCUCCCCACCGGGCGCCAAGGACGUGUACGACGAGAUUUGGCCUUAUCCGGGGGACUCGGGACCACCGGCGGACUUGUGGUAA